GAUCCAUGUGGGUCUUAUUUGUAUCAUCGGUGAACAGAGCGAGUGAGUCAGUGUUUCAGGACUGUCAGCUUCGAUUUAGGUUGUUGAUUCUGUAUUUAAUUUUUGACAAUCUUAUUCGCGUUUAAUAAUAUAGGAGCUUAAUCGCCAGCUACCCUCGAUUUGUACAUGUAGAUCGAACACCUGUGUGCCUGAGCCCAAGAUUUGGCGCUCGCUAGCUUCGACGACUUUUCGGACGAUAAACGACAAGCAGACCAAGGCCUGGAUGGCCGUACGAGAAGCACGCAUAAAUUUUACUUGAUUGUUUCAUUUUGACAUCGGUGUCUGAAUUGUUCAGUUUGUUUUUGAGUGCUGUGGGAACACGAAGUAAAAUAUAGACGUACAAUGGCCGAACCACAUUUCAUAGCUACUGACGCAAUCGACGGCAUUUGGCCAUUUCUGCAAAGUAUCGAAUGGAAAGAUCCAUGGCUGGCGAUUCUACUUACCUUUCACAUCGCCGUCACAACUACUGCUCUGAUGACACGAAAUCAUGCGAAUUUUCAAAUACUGUUAUUUCUCAUACUUCUUCUCCUAGUCUAUUUUUCCGAAAGCAUCAACGAAGCAGCGGCGACGAAUUGGAUGGUUUUCUCGAGACAGCAAUACUUCGACUCGAAGGGGCUGUUCAUUUCGAUAGUAUUUUCCGUACCGAUAUUGAUGAAUUGUAUGAUAAUGGUGGCGAGUUGGCUUUACCAGUCUAGUCAGUUGAUGACAAGUUUGAAAAGGGCACAGCUCAGAGAGCGUACGAGAAUCCGUCGCGGUGACGGAGACCCAACAAACGCGAACGGCAAGUUGACGAGACAAAAACACGAAUAAUUUAUCUAAUCUAGUCAUGUUACGAAUUAUUAUUCCGAUCAUUCAGCAGCAGAUUGAUAACAAAAAGGAAAUGCGAAUACUAGCUGGUACACAGGUAAAUACACAAUAAAAAUAACUUUACAGCUAAUGCUAAUAACGCCUAUAAAUGAUAAUGUAAGAAUUACAUAUUGAACGUACGUUCGUAUGACAGAAUUAAAAGUUUUUUUUUUUUCCGUUGUUUCAUUUGAUUUUAUUUUGAGCGAAAAGUAAAACGUGCGAAAAAAAAAAAUUAGGAUGGGAAAAAAAUAUUUUUUAUCGCGCAUAAAGUAUCGUUGAUCAAAAAAUAAUGAAACAGAGCUUGUAUAUUAAAUACAGUCUAAUUGUGUAGUAUACGUAAUUAUAUUAAGGUUCCGUUCUUGUUCAUUUAUUUUCUUCCGUUGAUAUUACUAUGUUAAGCAUCAUGCAUCACACGUACGGUCAAUUUUUCACAACGAUGAUAAGAGAUCAAAAAGAAAAAUUACGACGAGAGAAUUCUACACGCAUUUAAAUGACGAAUUAUUUUCUAUCGUUAGAAUGUUGACUUUUUUUUUUGCGUUACUAGGAGAGAGAAAGUGCGAGACAAUCUGGAAGAGUUAGAAAAAGUUUUUAUGAAUCCUGAAAAUGAUGAUUAUAGUGUUAGCGAUUGGAAUUUGAUUUCGGGUGCGCGAACGAGACGACUUAGAUUCAAAACCCAAAGUAACCCGCGAAAAUGACGACGCCCCAUUCAACCUUCUUUCUUAUUUUUUUAUGAGUAGGUACAGAAAAAUAUCGACGAAGAUGUCGUUUGACGAAUACUUUAAUUCAGCGUGGCAUGAUCGCGUUGAAAACAUUUACUCUUCCAAGUGUUAAUUUUUUAACUGAUUACUCUGUAUAUAUAUUCAACGAGCUGAAUAGAUUUCUGUUGUAUUUUUUGUUAAAUUCGACAAAAGUACAUCGAUUAGUGACACGGAAAACAAUAUGCCAUACAUGAACUAAUAUCACCGCUAUAUAUUUUGUACGUUUGUAUUGACGACAAGAACAAACAACAAUAAUUUUACUAUUAUGUGAAUCACGUAACCGGCGCGCUACAUUCCCAUAGCGUAUCCACGAAAUAUACACUACAAAUAAAUCACAGCAUAUAUCAUGUUGAUUAUACGUGUGUAGAAAUAAUGAUGACGAUCAUAUCGAUAAUGACGAUGAACAUGAUCAUUAUGAUUAUUAUCGUGCACAUUGAAUUACAGAAAUAAAUAUAAUAACUAUUUUUUAUUCUAUGCAUACCAAGCGAGAGGUACUUACAGAGAUAAUUAUAUGCUUGUAUAAAGGUUUGAUAUCGAAGGUGUAUAAAUAAUACUCAGGUAUAUACCUGAAAACUAUCUGUCUACGUAUUUUAUGUAUAUAUUUAUGUGUAUAGGUUUUGUGCCGGACACCUCGUAUACUAAGUAAAUUAGAAAAAUCAUCGAUUAUUGUACAUUAAAACAAUAUGUGAAAAAUGUAAAUCACGACGCAAAUUAUAUAUGUGUAAUUCUUGCCGCCUUAUAAA